GAAAAUAAAGAUCUCUCGUUUUCUUCUCUCUCCCUCCACAUUAAGCCUAUUCCAAGGCCACGAACGUGGCCAUCCAAACAAAACCUACAAAACAAACCAAGAAGAACAAAACAACCACCAUGCCAAUUCCUCCGUUUCUCAAAGCCUUAAUCAUCUCCACCUUCCUCCUCGCCCAACUCGCCGCCGCCGCCGAAUUGAGCCUAGAACUAGGCCAACCCACGUACAACCCCAAUUCAAACCUAGCCUCGUUGGUGCAAAACCAACCACUAGGCCAACCCACGCACAACGCCAUUUCAAACCUAGUCUCUUUGUUGCACAACCAACCGCACAGCCAGCGCUUGUCGUCUGAUGCGCAGGAGUACCUCAAUGCCCACAACAAUAUCCGCCAUAAGAAGGGCGUCCCGCCCCUGCAAUGGGAUGAAAAGCUCGCCCAAUACGCACAGCGUUGGGCGGAACAAGGCGUCAAUGAGUGUAACCCCCAUCACCACUCCGACGGGCCGUAUGGAGAGAAUAACUUGUGGGAGCAGUACGACGAGAGAACGCCGACCGAGGUGACGCAGGUGUGGAUCGACGAGGAGGUCAACUAUGAUCAUGUCAAGUUGGCUUGCAAGUGCCAAACGGAGACAUUGAAAUGCAUGUGUGGGCAUUACACCCAGCUUGUUUGGAGCGCCACCAAAGCCGUAGGUUGUGGCAACGUCACUUGCAAUAACGAAUUGGGCUUUCUUAUCGUUUGUUCCUAUAAUCCGCCGGGGAAUUAUCAGGAUGAGAAUCCCUUCCAAAACGCGCAUUCGUUACCGUCCACGGUGGGUGCACAUAGGGCACAUAGGAAACAUCAUCAUCAUAGGCCGAGUGGUGCGUUGACAGCCCACUAGGUAAGGGAUUUUGGGCCGUUACCGGUACUGCCGCCCAUCCCAAUUUGAAAAAGGAAUUUGCCGUGUUGUUAAGGAAGUGUGGGGUUACUCUGUACCCAUACUCUGUUUUUUUUCUUUAUUUACGCGAGUUUAUAUUAUUUAUUACAAUAUUUCCCUUUUAUAAUGAACAAUGUUAUCCGUACUC